CCAGGCAAAGCAGGGAGAUGAAUACCAGCAAGGAUUUUCUGAAUUAAGACUUAAUCAAGGAGAUAACCCAUUUCAACAGUAUUAUUAUCCUUUUAUUUCAAACCAAAAAGGAAAGCAACAACAACAACAAAAUUUAAAAAUGGCUACAACAGCAGCAAAUACUCAAAGACAAACGAUAGGCUGUGAGGAAUACAGUCUGUACAGCAGCUUGAGUGAAGACGAGCUUAUAAAGAUGGCCAUCCAGCAGAGCUUGGAGGAGGACCCCGCGGGCCAGGCAGCUGCCCAGAGCCACCAAAAGUCGAUGGUGGCAGGUCCCAGUGAGGCGGCUGCCCCCAGCCGUGCCAGCAGCCACAACCCACCCUACCGCAUCUACCCUUGGCAAAGAUUGGCGGCCCAGCCGAGGGGCCGUGCUCAGCCGUCCAGCUCGGGGGCAGCCUGGGGGGUCAGACGAAGGUACGACGGCAGCCUGUUCAGCACAUCCCAGCCCAUAGAACUUGACCCUGUAGUGGCAGCAAUCAAGGAUGGAGAUGAAAAAGCAGUAUUCAACAUGAUGAAAUCAGGAAAAGACCUUUCUGAACCUAAUAAGGAUGGCUGGAUACCCCUCCAUGAAGCUGCAUACUACGGCCAAGUGGGUUGCCUGAGCCUGUUGCAAAAAGCGUACCCUGGCACAAUUGACCAGCGCACCCUCAAUGAGGAGACGGCUCUCUACCUGGCCACCAGCCGGGGCAACCUAGACUGCCUGCUCACCUUGCUGCAGGCUGGGGCCGAGCCUGACAUCUCCAACAAGGCCAGAGAAACGCCGCUCUACAAAGCUUGUGAGCGCAAAAAUGCGGAGGCCGCAAGGCUGCUAGUACAGUACAAUGCUGAUACCAACCAUCGUUGCAAUCGAGGAUGGACUGCUCUUCAUGAGGCUGUCUCCCGAAAUGACCUGGAGAUUAUUGAUAUCCUUCUGAAAGGAGGUGCCAAGAUUGAGUCUGCAAAUGCCUAUGGGAUCACUUCAUUAUUUGUGGCAGCUGAGAGUGGGCAGUUGGAAGCUUUGAGACACCUUGCAAAAUGUG